UCUGUGAAUCUGUUUACAGCACAGAGUGAAGUGCAGCUAUUGGUAUGAAGCUCUGGAAAGAAGUAUACAGACAGCAAGAGCAAAUGUGACAUAAUGUUAAUCCCCUGAGCCAGGCAGGCAGGAUCACUAAACAGAGAGAUCAGGCUUGUGUGGGAAGGCUGGUGCGUCUCCUCGUUUAAUGGAAGAAAACUCCAUGAAAAAAACUUUGGAAUUUCAAGAACAGUCAUACGGGCAUAAUAUGUAAUCUUAUCCCUCCAAGCUCAGAAAAGAGAACAUUUUUGAAAAUAAAAUACACCAUGUGAAGAAGGGAAAAGAAAAUGUGAAAACUAAAGAAAAGAAGGAUAACAAGCAAAUCCCCCAAAAAACUAAAAAGGCUAUGGAUAUAAUAACUUUACUGGGACUACCUUAAGGACACUGAUAAGCUCUCAGUUAUGGAGAACGGAGAUGAAGUGAUUGGGAGCUCAAACCUCAUGGUGAUCUCCGAAGAGAAGAAGUAUGAACGUUGCCGCCAGAAAGACUGUUGUGAACGAGUGGUUAUCAAUGUGUCCGGGUUGCGGUUUGAGACUCAGAUAAGGACACUGAGUCGGUUCCCUGACACUUUGUUGGGAGACCCAAGGAGACGAAUGCGAUUCUUCGAUCCACUGAGGAAUGAGUAUUUUUUUGACCGGAAUAGGCCAUGUUUUGACUCGAUACUAUACUUUUAUCAGUCAGGGGGUCGACUACGACGGCCUACUAAUGUACCCUUAGAUGUCUUCAUGGAGGAGUUAGUAUUUUACCAGCUUGGAGAUGAUGUGAUCAGGAAAUUUAGGGAAGAUGAAGGGUUUCCUAAAGAUGAAGAGAGACUUCUUCCUGAAUGUGAGUUUCUGAAACAAGUUUGGCUCCUCUUUGAACACCCAGAUAGUUCAUCUGCUGCUCGUAUCAUUGCCAUUAUCUCUGUCAUGGUCAUCCUGAUUUCUAUAGUCAUCUUCUGCUUAGAAACGCUACCUGAAUUCCGGGAUGAAAGGGAUCUGUCCUUACCGGUGCAGCCCCUUCAUCGGAAUAACAUCACCCACAACAUUAGAGAGAAAAGUCCAUUUGAGGAUCCAUUCUUUAUUGUGGAAACAAUAUGUAUCUGUUGGUUCUCUUUUGAACUCUCUGUCCGUUUCAUUGCUAGUCCCAGCAAAGCUGCCUUCUUCAAAGAUAUCAUGAACAUGAUUGACUUUGUAGCUAUAAUACCAUACUUUGUUGCUCUAGGCACAGAACUAGCUCGCCACAGAGGUGUGGGCCAACCAGCUAUGUCAUUGGCCAUUCUCAGGGUAAUCCGUUUGGUGAGAGUCUUCCGUAUCUUCAAGCUGUCCCGACACUCCAAGGGAUUACAGAUAUUGGGACAGACACUGAAAGCAAGUAUGCGAGAACUUGGGCUUCUCAUAUUUUUUCUGUUUAUUGGAGUUAUACUCUUCUCCAGUUCAGUAUACUUUGCAGAAGCAGAUCAUGAAGACACCAAGUUUACCAGUAUCCCUGAAGCAUUCUGGUGGGCUGUAGUAACAAUGACAACAGUGGGCUAUGGAGAUAUGUCUCCUGAGACUGUUGGUGGUAAACUGGUGGGCUCACUCUGUGCUAUUGCUGGUGUGUUGACCAUCUCUCUUCCUGUGCCAGUCAUUGUAUCCAACUUCAGUUAUUUCUAUCAUCGUGAGACAGAGUGCUCAGAUACAGGCCAGUAUAGUCAUGUUGGUUCAUGUCCUAAUGGUCCACCCCAUACUGCAAAAACCGAAAAGAAGGAUAAAAGUCCCAAACUGGAUAAGAAUUUAUAUAGCAAUUCCAACGCAGAAUACCUGGAUGGACUUGGUCUUGUGGAUGGCAAAUGUGCAAACUCUGGACAGUCACAUAUUAUAACUGAAGUGUGACAUACGCAACUGUGGCUUGUUCCCAUCCAGUAGCAUUUCAUCAUCAUCAUCAUCAUUUCAUCAUACUUUAUUUUGGAGUCUUAAAUAAAGAAUAUUGUGGCCAAUUGGUUGGAGAAAAUAUAUAUAGUAUCCUGCUGAAUUUUUAAAACACUUGACUUACUUUACAUUAGAAAGAACAUUGGAAGUAUAGUAAUGGCUUUUGGCAAUCUUUAGAAAAACAAGGUUUCCACAGAAAAAGAUAUAGAAUUGGGGUAGACAUAAGAUGAAAUAUGUGAAUUUUUUUAAAGAAACGUAUAACAUGAGCAUUGUAGUGAAGAAUAAUGGAUUGCAAAUUUAGCACUUACUCUUGGCCAAUGGAAGGUUCUACAACAAGUUGAAGAGCGAAGAAUCCAGCAAUUAUGGCAUACUGCACUAUUAAAGUACAUGUGUUGGACACUUCAGGGUAACAGUGAGAUCAGGCUCAAAUGAUGACAAAUGACUAAACUGACAAAUAGGACAACAAAGGUACUGUAGCUGAGGGCGAAGGUGCGGAAUGUGCAUCAUCUGUCUAGUCUCCAAAGACAGCACAGGAAGCUGAUUGUAUGGUAGCUUUAUACUACACUGCUGAAUGUUAGCUAUUAUAAUAAUGUGAUCAUUACAGACUGGAAAAUUUAGUGUUCACCUAGAAGGGAACCGGAAAAGUUAUGUUUGUGAAACAUUUUAUUUAAUCCAUUUUAACAGUCUUUCAGUUUACAAACAUAUUUGUCAUUUUUUAUAGACAGUAUGAGCUUUGUCUUUGAAGAACACUGCACUACACAAGGGUGAUCCCUAUAUGAAUAGGUCUUGAGAAAGAAUCUCAAGGCAAAAUAUACUAGUAGCAUAACUAGUUAUGCUCAUUUCACUGUUAUUUCCCUGGUCACUGGCCAUAUGGGAUAAUCUUUGUGUAAAGUCACAAAAAGCACAAUAGGGGAAAUUUAUCAAAUCUGGUGUAAAGGAAAACUGGAUUAUUGCCCAAAACAACCAAUCACAUUCCACCUUUUAUUUUUUUAGUGCUCCUUUGGAAAAUUAAAGGUGUAAUCUGAUUGGUUGCUUUGGUCAACUAAGCCAGUUUUUCUUAACACUAGUUUUGAUAAAUCUUCCCCAAUGUUCUUUUGCUAUAUAAACUUCAGUCAAAUCUUUUGUCUUAAUUUUUGCUAAAAGUCUUCUUUUAAAAAAAAUAAUAAUGACGUUUAAGUUACUUCACUGGAAAUUAAGGCGCAAUCCAUCCCCUCCAUGUUCAUGCUAAGUUUUACAUUCAUGCAUUACCUCUUAUGAUUUCUUAGUCUUAACAGGUGGCCUGUAAUAGGUGCAUCUCUAGUUAAAAACAUGAAAAUUCAGAUGUGAAUGCAGUUGACCAUAACAUAAGACUCAUUCUCAUUCCAGGCUUCUAAGAUACCGAGGUAUGAGGAGUUGUUUGGAGGGGUCUGCAAAGUUGUAACUUGAAGCGCUUAGGACCCAAUGUAGGUGUAUUUGGGUCUCCCUAUGGCCCAGGGCCAUUGCUACUUCUGCACCCCCUACUGCGACUCCCUCAGAGUCCUCACACUUUAGACCUGCUUAGCCUAUACCUGUACUUGCUGUUAACACUGAGGGAAACCAGUAACACUAGCAAUUUUAUUUUUCUGAUUAACAUAAAGGUUAAAAAAUAUUACAUUUUUAUCUACUUGUCUCUACAGAACCACUAUUUUGUUAGGUACAGAAAAAAAUCCAAAGUUCC